CCUACGCUGCUUUUUGCAUCCACUUUUGUGAAAGACAACAGUGUCUAUCACAUGAAUUCUCUUUCCCAGGCUUAUGUGCUCUGGUAUUGGGGCAGGUGCCUUUCCAUCCUGGAAGGACCCCCGUUACUUGAUGAACAAUGAACAACGGUGUUCUUCUUGAAGAAGAGCUGAUCAAAAAGUCCCAGCAAAAGAGAAGGACAUCUCCCUCCAAUUUUAAAGUACGAUUCUUCGUUUUGACAAAAUCAAGGCUGGCGUAUUUUGAGCAUCGUCUUGGGAAAAAAAGAAUUCUAAAGGGCUCAAUUGAACUAUCGAAGAUUAAGUGUGUAGAAAUUGUGAAAAGUGAUAUAACAAUUCCAUGUCACUAUAAAUACCCUUUCCAGAUUUUUCAUGACAACUAUCUGCUGUACGUCUUUGCUCCCAGCCAAGCGAGCUGUCAGAAAUGGGUGCUGGCUCUGAAAGAAGAAACUAGGAACAACAACAAUUUGGUGGCAAAGUUUCACCCAAAUUUCUGGAUAGAUGGGAGAUGGAGGUGUUGCGCUCAGGGAGAAAAACUGGCAACAGGCUGUGUGGAGUAUGUUCCAGCCAAUACUGUCUCCAAGAAACCUCUUCCCCCAACUCCAGAGGAUAACUGGAGAUUAUUUGCAGAGUCCAAGGAAUCUCCAGUAAUAGCCAUUUAUGACUACAGUGCACAGAAUCCUCAAGAGCUGGAAUUACGGUGCAACGAAGAAUACCAUGUUAUUGAUAACUCUGAGGUCCACUGGUGGCUGGUUCAGGAUAGAAAUGGGCAUGAAGGAUAUGUACCAAGCAGCUACGUGGUAGAAAAAUCACCAGAAAAUCUGCAAAUAUAUGAGUGGUACAACAAGAGCAUCAGCAGAAGCAAGGCAGAAGCCCUGCUCAAGGAAGAGGGUAAGGAAGGAGCCUUCAUGGUGAGAGAUUCAAGGCAACCUGGCACAUACACAGUCUCAGUUUUCACAAAGGCUUUGAGGCAAGUCAAAUCCCACAACGAGAACAACCCUGUUAUAAAACAUUAUCACAUCAAGGAGACAAGCGACAUCCCCAGGAGAUACUACUUGGCAGAGAAGCAUGUUUUUGAUUGUAUCCCGGAACUGAUCACCUAUCACCAGCAUAAUGCAGGAGGUCUUGUGACUCGUUUGAGGUAUGCUGUUUGCUCUUGGAGAGAAAAGGCUCCUGUUACUGCUGGCCUAAGUUAUGGAAAAUGGAUGAUUAAUCCUCAGGAACUGACAUUUGACCAGGAGAUUGGCCUUGGCCAGUUUGGGGUGGUUCAUCUUGGUUACUGGCUGGGCCGGAUGAAAGUGGCCAUAAAAACCAUUCGCACAGGAGCCAUGUCAGAAGAAGACUUCAUUGAGGAGGCCCAAGUCAUGAUGAAGCUCUCCCACCCCAAAUUAGUCCAGCUGCAUGGGGUAUGCAUGCAACAAGCUCCUAUGUGCCUAGUGUUUGAAUUCAUGGAGCAUGGAUGUUUGGCUGAUUAUCUAAAGAGGCAGCGAGGGAGUUUCUCAAAGGAAGAGCUCCUUGGAAUGUGCCAAGAUGUGUGUGAAGGAAUGACUUAUCUGGAACAAGCGUCUGUCAUCCACAGAGACUUGGCUGCUCGGAAUUGCUUGGUAGGAGAAUUCCAAGUUGUCAAAGUGUCAGAUUUUGGAAUGUCACGAUACGUCCUUGAUGAUCAGUAUACCAGCUCCAUGGGCACCAAAUUCCCCAUCAAGUGGUCAGCACCAGAGGUUUUCUCCUAUAGUCGGUAUAGUACCAAAUCUGAUGUAUGGUCAUUCGGAGUAUUGAUGUGGGAGAUAUUCAGCGAAGGCAAAAUGCCUUAUGAGAACCGGACCAACGCUGAAGUGGUGGAAGAAAUCAGUGCUGGUUUACGUUUGUAUAAGCCCAGACUGGCCUCCAAUACCAUUUACACGCUCAUGAGACAUUGCUGGAGUGAGAAGCAAGAGGACAGACCCCCCUUCUCUACCCUGCUCUACCAGCUCAACGAAAUAUCUGAAUCUGAUCUUUAACUAAAGAUGAAAGGAAGCUGCUUCUUAAUUAAAAAAGAAAAAAUAUAUGAAAAGCAUGACCACGUUUAGCACGCAUUGUUCAGAAGUAUUCAUUCACACUGAAGUAGCUGACCUGGGACAGAAAUAGCGACAGGAAUCCUGGCUAUUUAAAAGUCCUACACAAACUGAGAAAACGGAUAAUGCAAGAUGCUUUCAGGGUUGUGUCUAAUUAUCUGUUCAGUGAGGAUUCAGUGAGGAUCCAGGAGUCUAUCUUCUGUUUCACAUGGUGAUACCGAUAUUGAAGAUGAUGAACUGCCAUUGCUUUAUGGAGCUGACACUCUUUUUUUAAUUGAAAAAUGACUCAUUUCAAGGGGAACUGAAGUAUGACUCUCGUCCUCCAAGCCUGCUUGAAGCUGAACGGGAAUAUUAAGCUAUGCAUAAACAAAUGUUUUGACAGCAAAUUCAAAACACAAUCUUCUUGCAAAAUAAACUGCAUGGAUUAACAUAGGACACAGCAGGGACAGGUGGGACUCGUUACUGCAUCUUGUACAUUGGGAAAGUUAAGAAUGGACUGCUUGCUUUGAAGCUCUAGAGUAUAAAAUAUAGGAUUCUGCUACUUGUUUAUUUUCACUUUUUACAUAAUGUGUUGAAAGAAAAGGUGGGGAAUAUAUAUAUUCAGCAGGGUUGGCUAAUAUACAAAUAUUGUAUAAUAUAUUCUUUCACUAUCAACUGUUUUUAAUGUUGCUACAAGAAACAUGGGUUAAAAAAAAAUGUGAGCACUUCAGGUGGCAAGUGUUGAAUGCUAUUAAUGAUCGCAGAUUGUUACUUUAUUUUACAUGAGAGAAAUAUAAAUAUAUGAUAUAUAAUGUACAUUAUACUGAACUUCCACCUUAGUUGCCAAAAUUUCUUGAACUGGCCCUUUACCUUUUUCCAAUGGUCAAUUACAAUGUACAUUAUUAUAAAAUACCAUGCUGGACUGCUCUCCAAUUGAGGAUGACUUUGAACUGAUUAUAUUGUAUUAGAAUAGUAUAGCUAUUUAAGAGUUUUUGUACAUUGUUAUUGCUGUGAUUAUAUUUUUGUAUUGUGUUUUCAUUGUAUAAAUUUUGUUAGCCUCUUUGACCAUUUUCAGAUUGUAAAACUAGAGAUUCUUUUAGAAAAAUGCUGGAAAAUAAAUAAUAACGGAAAUACGGAAUAUGUAGAUGAGAUGAGAAAACUA